AUGGAUGAGGAAGGCCCUGACUGCGGCAAAGCCGACUUUGUGCUUUUGGACCAAGUGACCAUGGAGGACUUCAUGGAAAACCUAAAGCUCAGGUUCGAGAAGGGCCGCAUCUACACCUACAUCGGCGAGGUGCUGGUGUCCGUGAACCCCUACCAGGAGCUGCCCCUGUACGGGCCUGAGGCCAUCGCCAAGUACCAGGGCCGUGAGCUCUAUGAGCGGCCGCCCCACCUCUAUGCUGUGGCCAACGCCGCCUACAGGGCGAUGAAGCGGCGGUCCAGGGACACCUGCAUUGUUAUCUCAGGGGAGAGUGGGGCAGGGAAGACAGAGGCCAGCAAGCACAUCAUGCAGUACAUCGCUGCCGUCACCAACCCCAGCCAGAGGGCAGAAGUGGAGAGGGUCAAGGAUGUGCUGCUCAAGUCCACGUGCGUGCUGGAGGCCUUCGGGAACGCACGCACCAACCGAAACAACAACUCCAGCCGCUUUGGCAAGUACAUGGACAUCAACUUCGACUUCAAAGGAGAUCCUGUCGGGGGGCACAUCCACAGCUACCUGCUGGAGAAGUCUCGGGUCCUCAAGCAGCACGUGGGCGAACGGAACUUCCACGCCUUCUACCAGGUCCUGCGGGGCUGUGAGGACUCACAGCUGGAAGACUUGCACCUGCAGAGGAACCCCGCCCUGUACAGCUUCACCCGGCAGGGAGCGGGGCUCAAUCCCUUGGACAGUGACGAGAGGAGCCACCACCAGGCAGUGAUGGAAGCCAUGCGGGUGAUCGGCUUCAGUCCCGAGGAGGUGGACUCCGUGCGCCGGAUCCUGGCCGCCAUUCUGCACCUGGGAAACAUCGAGUUUGUGGAGAUGGAGGAGGGCGGGCUGGAGCAGGGGCAUGUGGCCGUGGCCGAGGAGGUGUUGGUGGACCACGUGGCCGAGCUGACGGCAACGCCCCGGGAGUCGGUGAUGCGCUGCCUCUUGUCUCGCACUGUGGCCUCAGGAGGCAGGGAGCUCAUUGAGAAGGGGCACACGGCUGCAGAGGCCAGCUAUGCCCGGGACGCUUGUGCCAAGGCAGUGUACCAGCGGCUGUUUGAGUGGGUGGUGAACCGGAUCAACUGUGUCAUGGAACCCUGUGGCCGGGACCCCCGGCGUGACGGCAAGGACACAGUUAUCGGCGUGCUGGACAUCUAUGGCUUCGAAGUGUUCCCUGUGAACAGCUUCGAGCAGUUCUGCAUCAACUAUUGCAACGAGAAGCUGCAGCAACUGUUCAUCCAGCUUAUCCUGAAGCAGGAGCAGGAAGAGUACGAGCGGGAGGGCAUUGCCUGGCAGAGCGUGGACUACUUCAACAACGCCACCAUCGUGGACCUGGUGGAGCGGCCCCACCGUGGCGUGCUGGCCAUGCUGGAUGAGGCCUGCAGUGCCGCGGGCACCAUCACUGACCGGAUCUUCCUGCAGAGCCUGGACACGCACCACCGCCACCAUGCACACUACACCAGCCGCCAGCUCUGCCCCACAGACAAGACCAUGGAGUUUGGCCGAGACUUCCGGAUCAAGCACUAUGCAGGGGAUGUCACGUACUCAGUGGAGGGCUUCAUCGACAAGAACAGGGACCACCUGUUCCAGGACUUCAAGCGGCUGCUGUACAACAGCUCAGACCCCACCCUGCGGGCCAUGUGGCCAGACGGGCAGCAGGACAUCACAGAGGUGACCAAGCGCCCCCUGACAGCCGGCACCCUCUUCAAGAACUCCAUGGUGGCCCUGGUGGAAAACCUGGCCUCCAAGGAGCCUUUCUACGUCCGCUGCAUCAAGCCCAAUGAGGACAAGGUGGCCGCAAAGCUGGACGAGGGCCACUGUCGCCACCAGGUCGAGUACCUGGGGCUGCUGGAGAAUGUGCGUGUCCGGAGGGCCGGCUUUGCUUCCCGCCAGCCCUACCCUCGGUUCCUGCUCAGGUACAAGAUGACCUGUGAGUACACGUGGCCCAACCACCUCCUGGGCUCCGACAGGGCAGCCGCGAGUGCCCUCCUGGAGCAGCACGGGCUGCAAGGCGAUGUGGCCUUUGGCCACACCAAGCUCUUCAUCCGCUCACCCCAGACUUUGGUCACACUGGAGCAGAGCCGCGCGCGCCUCAUUCCCAUCAUCGUGCUGCUGCUGCAGAAGGCAUGGCGCGGCACGUUGGCCAGGUGGCGCUGCCGGCGUCUCCGGGCCGUCUACACCAUCAUGCGCUGGUUCCGGAAGCACAAAGUGCGCGCUCACCUGGCGGAGCUGCACAGGCGCUUCCAGGCCGCGAGGCAGCCCCCCUUGUACGGCCGGGACCUGGUCUGGCCGAUGCCCCCUGCUGUGCUGCAGCCCUUCCAGGACACCUGCCGGUUGCUGUUCUGCAGGUGGCGGGCCCGGCAGCUGGUGAAGAACAUCCCACCUUCAGACAUGGCCCAGAUCAAGGCCAAGGUGGCUGCCAUGGGGAUCCUGCAAGAGCUGCGGCAGGACUGGGGCUGCCGGCGGGCCUGGGCCCGGGACUACUUGUCCUCUGCCACCGACAACCCCACAGCCUCUGGCCUGUUCGCCCAGCGACUGAACGCUCUCCGCGAGAAGGACGGCUUUGGGACUGUGCUCUUCUCCAGCCACGUCCGUAAGGUGAAUCGCUUCAACAAGAGACAGGACCGGGCGCUCCUGCUCACUGACCGGCACCUUUACAAGCUGGACCCGGGCCGUCAGUACCGGGUGAUGCGGACCGUGCCCCUGGCCUUGGUGACCGGGCUGAGCGUGACCAGUGGGCGGGACCAGCUGGUGGUGCUGCACGCGCGGGGCCAGGACGACCUAGUCGUGUGUCUGCACCGCUCCCAGCCGCCGCUGGACAACCGCGUCGGGGAGCUGGUGGGGGUGCUGGCGGCGCACUGCCAGGGGGAGGGGUGCGCCCUGGAGGUCCGUGUCUCCGACUGCAUCCCGCUGAGCCAGCGCGGGGCCCGGCGCCUCGUGUCAGUGGAGCCGAAGCCCGAGCAGCCGGAGCCAGAUUUCCGCUGCAGCCGCGGGGCCUACACCCUCCUCUGGCCAAGCCGCUGACCUGCCGGCCGUGCCCCGCACCCCCCCCACCCACCCAACGCCAGCCCCGCAACGCACAAUAAAGGAAGCGUGUCUCUGCCCUUCC